GUUUCCAAAAUGGCGACUGGCGUGCGCACGCGCAGUACGGGUUGCGCCGCUGUCAGACUCGGUUGCCUGGAGGUGACUGACCUCGUUGACUACCAUUAAAAACACAUUUACACUAACAUUUAAACACCAGACAUGGCGUCACGUCUGAUAACCAAGAGGAUGUUUUGCGCUGCGAAAGAGACGGCAAGCCUACCUCACUCAAAAAGUCGUUGGGAAAAACUGAAAAAUAGCAAAGCAGGUGUUUGGAGUCGCGGUCUGGCCUCGGACUACAAAGAAGCUUGCCGGGAAAUGCUUGUCGGCAUGUACGAGCGUCCGGUCAAAGCAUCGGUCUACGUCUCUCUGCUCGGGGGAGCAUUGGCGUGUUUCUUCUCCAAACCCGAUAGAUCUUCCUUUGACGCCGCUCUGCUGGAGCGCGCCGGUCAGCUGGGUCUGCUGUCAUCAUGGAUCCGCAGCGGAACCUCCGAUAAACACGUGCAAAAUCUGCUUAAGCUCCGCAAUGAGGGCCGUCUGCGGCACAUCAACCUGGGAUUACUAUCUCUGGUUUAUUUUGCCGACCACGACCCUGACAGCACGCUCUACGAAGCUCAGUGUUCCAGUGUGUCCGUACUUUGGAGGAACUUACCUGGACGGGUCAUGGACGUAGGCUUUGCUGGCCGCUGGUGGGUUUUGGACUCAAAGAUGGCCAACUUUGACGUUAAUGAAGAUGAAUACACGCGCCUGCCUGCACAUAUGCAAGCAACAACGCCACCCAGUGUUCAAGAGGUGGAAUUGAACGAGCGACUGCACAGAGAGUCCUGGGUAGCGCUGAAACUAGAAGCUGAGAAGUAGAUCCGUGUUACGGACAGACAAAAAAAAAAGCCAAUAUUCAGGCAGAUGACAUGUUGAACUGGUCGCCCUUUGCUUUAUCAAGAAUGGCGUAUUACCGUAUUAUUCGGAGUAUAAGUCGCACCGGAGUAUAAGUCGCACCGGCCGAAAAUGCAUAAUAAAGAAGGAAAAAACAUAUAAGUCGCAUUUUUGGGGGGAAAUGUAUUUGAUAAAAGCCAACAGCAAGAAUAGACAUUUGAAAGGCAAUUUAAAAUAAAUAAAGAAUAGUGAACAACAGGCUGAAUAAGUGUACGUUAUAUGAGGCAUAAAUAACCAACUGGUAUGUUAACGUAACAUAUUAUGGUAAGAGUCAUUCAAAUAACUAUAACAUAUAGAACAUGCUAUACGUUUACCAAACAAUCUAAUCGCUAAAUCCCAUGAAAUCUUAUACGUCUAGUCUCUUAUGUGAAUGAGAUAAAUAAUAUUAUUUGAUAUUUUACGCUAAUGUGUUCAUCAUUUCACACAUAAGUCGCUCCUGAGUAUAAAACUGCGACUUAUAGUCCGAAAAAUACGGUAUGUAACUUUAGAAGAAUGCAGGGAAUGAAAUCAUGUAUCAAUAAAUGUGUUUUACCGGAAAAAGCUGAAAUGUUUGAA